AUUCAGAGCACCCAUUAAAUUAAGCAAACCCGGGGAACUCCGAGAAGAAUAUGAAAGCCAGCUAAGGAAGCUGAGAGAAGAAAAACUGCAAGAAGAAAAAGCUUCUGAGGAUCUGAUGCACAAGUUCAUUUUAGAUGACGUGGAUGUAGGAAAAAGGAAAAUGGAAGAACAGCAGAAAAAAGAUGAAGCUUUAGUGCUUAAAGUGAACCAAGAGUGUUUUCCUGAGCGUCUCUCGGAUUCAGAGAAUGAAGAACCAUUCCAGGGCAAGCAAACGCAUCGGUCGGCUUUUGUUUCCAAAACCAGUGCCUACUCCUUUGCUUUCCUUACAGGGAACUUAACCGCCAAGGUGGAAAGGAGUCGGAGCUGCAACGACACCAUUCAGGAGAGAUCAAAGAGCAGGCAGAGAUCAGCCCCGGCCAACAAAACAAAGGUGCCACCCGUCACCAGCACGUCAACACCGCUGGUCGGAGUUUUGUCGUCUACUCAAAACAACCGCUGCCUCUCCGCCCCAGACCUGACGGCAGAGAAGCGCCUGGUUCUCAACCCCGUUUCAUCCCUCUCGGCCCUGCACAAGCCGGAGCGAUCCAUCAGCCCCGAGAGCAACGACAGCAUCUCGGAGGAGCUCAACCACUUCAAGCCUAUCGUCUGCUCCCCGUGUACUCCUCCAAAGAGGCUUCCUGAUGGCAGAGUCCUGAGCCCUCUCAUUAUCAAAUCCACACCGAGAAACCUGAACCGGAGCCUGCAGAAGCCGACCACCUACGAGGCCAGUCCUAGAAUACUAAAAAAAUGGGAGCAGAUAUUUCAGGAGCGCCAGAUCAAAAAGACUCUCUCUAAAGCAACCCUCACGUCCUUGGCUUCGGAGCCCGGGGAAGACGUUGUAGUUCCUGACAUCACCAACUCCAGCACGUGCACUAAAGAGCAGCCGCAAGUGCAGGAUGACCACCUCCCACCUGAGACAACAGGAGACCCUCGCCCCGAGCUGGAUUUCUUCCCUUCCAUCAGUGAAACGAAGCUGGGAAGAGGGAGUGAGAAAAACAGAGAUUCACAAGCCUUAACAACAGACGACAGUGAACCAGAUGCGAGAUCAAAUGUCACCUCCCUAAACACACGAGUGUCCGAAGUCCCUGACCUAAAAGUGAACGCAUUCAUGGACAAAUCCUGUCUUAGUCUCGGCCCAAAAAUGCUGAGCAGAAGACUCAUGGGUGUCAGCGCGUCGCUGCCUGACAACAGCACGCUAGGAGUCCCCGUCAAACCAUCGGGAAAAAAGCAGCUGAAAUACCUGAACAACAGCGAAUUGAUCAACGUGCAGAACAGCACCUGCAAUUCUGUUGAGAACAUCAUCGGGGAACAGCCCCCGUCGCUGAGACGGGGCCGGAAGAGACGCUGCAAAACAAAGCACUUGGAGCACAACGGCUCUGUCAAAAGACUGAGGCACGCGGCAGGGGAGGUGGGCUUGCCUCCGGAGGAUCGCUUGGUACGGGAGAUGGAGCAGAAGCUCCAGCAAGAGGAGGAGGACAGGAGGUUGGCCCUGCAUCUGCAGCGGAUUUUCGACAGCGAGAAUAGGACAGUGGAUAGACGGAAAGUCAGAGUCGACCGGUAUCUGCUGCGGUCAAAGAGCACUCUGGGUGCUAAGUAGCACUGGUGGACGAUGUUGCCUUUCUAGAGGACGAUGAGGUUUAUCAGAUUAUCUUAUAGGAAAACUAUUUUUUGUCAUACUUCCACCCACGGCAAUUGUUUUUUUCGUUUUGGUGGUAAGACAUUUGUAGGUCCAGUUCAGAGAGAAGCCAGAGUCCUUUCAGAUUAAGAAAAAAAAAAAAGAGAGAAUAAUCAAAAAAAAUCCUCCAGCCGUUCUGGUCCGUUGGUCCAAAGGAAGUGUCCGUCAUCCCUGUGAAUACACUGCAACACCUCUACACGAGUCGGUGACAUUUGGGGUCCCCAGCUAGGAGGGUUGUGUGAGCAGCACCUGGGGUAGGGGAUAAGGACCUCGGCCGUUCCUUGCCUUGUUGUUUCAGUACUCCAAGAGAAAUCAGAGCUCUCCUCGCGGAGAGGGAAGUAGGGUUUUUCUGUCCUGGAAACAGGCUUCUCCUCUCUGCCUGCCCCGUUUUCUCCUUUACGGUGCAGCCGGCUGGGGUGGUCAGACUGUUACUGAUGUCAGCGUGUUUGAAUGACCUGACUUGAGGGCUGUUGGGGAGGGAGGCUGAGCUGCAUUUCUGCUAGGAAACACCAAACAGAACCACCCGUAGUACGUAUAAAUGAAUAUAUCUCACUGUCUGCACUGGCAGUACAGAUCAUAGGUUAUACUUCAUUAAGUAGAAAGCCAAAUGCAGUGAAGACAGACAUAAAUUAAGGAUUUUUACUAAAAAGCCAUACAGGAACUCAUACAGUCGUGUUAGUGAGAGAGCAGAGAGCUCGGGGAGAGCAGCUGGGAGCAAAUGCAGCUUUUCUCUCGGUCCCUGCCUCUUCCGAGGGAAGAGAGUUUCAUGUUCUUCCCACAAACAUUGAAAUCUAGAAAGGGAAACGCCAGCCAGGUGAUUUUGGGAAGGAUGUUCUCCUUGCUGACACGUACCCUGCAGGAUCUUGCUCAGUUAAGAGAUCUCUCAGCACACCUAAGACCUGUCCUUACGCGUCCGAGAGCGGCCCGAGGAGGCAUCCCGAGGUAUCUGACGCAUCCCGGUGGGUUGGCGGCGGAGCUGGGACGGGAGCCCAGCCCUCCCGCGCUCAGGGUGAUGCAAGCCCGCCCUGCCCCUGCUCCGAGCUAGCCGUCUUCAGGUUCAAACCACUGAGGAAGCUCAGGUGAGCGACACACUAAAAAUUUCCACUUAAAAAGCAUGAAGUUGGGCACGACAGCCUGGACCAGAGCUAGCUCGGAGCCGGGGUUUUGGUGGAGCGCGUGUUGUCUACCCAGAUGUGGCCUUAGUGGCAGCCCGCCCUCCGGGCCCUUGGUGUUUCUAAUCCUCUUCUCCAUCAUCCAUUAACAGCACAAGAAUUUCAUCGAUUAUUUCCAGUAAUCAGGCUCAAAAAACAUCAGCUCGACUUGAUACUUGAAAGCUGCCUUGCAGAGUAUUCACUGGGGACCCUCGGUGCCUGCAGGGACCUUCGACUGGGGGGGGUUAACGAUCUUGCUGACCCGUGUGCCAGAGGACGAGCGGUAUUGUCAGGGUGUAACAGUCCUGGGGCAAACUUACCGUGACCCACGGCGUGAAGGGAGGCUGGCCAGUGCAUUCAAACAGAUGGGUCUGAUCUAAGAGAAUGGCCAUUGCCUGAUUUUCUCCAUCUAAAAAAAAGGUUGAUUUUCUCCCUCCCAUCUUAAAUGGUUAAAAAAAGAAAAACGGGAAUUGGUUUUCUUUUUCUCUCCCGGCAUACUUGCAUAACUGCAAGGACCCUGGCGCUUUUUUCCUAAUUGAACUGGAUUUUUUUUUUAAAAAAAGAAAUCUUAUAUUUUAAUGGAUAAAAUUUAUAUAUUUUAAAUACUAUAUUUCAACAGAUUGACACUUUCGUUUUGAGAAAUCUUAUAGCAAUGAUUCCGUAAUAUAUAUAUAUCUCUAUCUCUGUAUCUCCUUAACACACAAACUACUGGAUAUUUAAAGUCGUACCUAAGGCUGGCUAGACCUGGCCUGCCUGCUGCGGCUGUGGGCGAUGGCUUUCCCUGCCCUCUCCCGUGCCGCAGCCUCGAUAGGUGCUGAUUGAAGCAGGCACUUUUGACCCAAAUCAAAUCCUACCCAGCUGUGAAUUGGAAGGAAAUUCAGUAAUUAAGAGCCUUGACCAGACCUAGGAGAGCAGCGCAGAGAGAAGUAGCAGUGGCCUGGCUCUGCCCUGUGCCAUGAAAUAAGGCCGGAAGGGAAACCCACAGUUUUUACUCAGAAUUCAUGCCAUUUUUUCCCAAUAUUUGGAGCUAAAGCAUGCGCUUCUCAAGUGCUUCUAGAUUUCUAAUUAUUUUCACAGGCGCCCUUCUCCCUGCGCCUUCCCCACGGUUAAUUCCUUGAGCCCGAAUCACCCUUCCCUAAACAGUUUCCUGCUUUAUCGAGGCGCUCGUGUAGGUUUCACCCAGGCUUGGGCUGCUGCAUGCUCUCUGAGCAAGCCACCACCACAAAAAACUAGAUUUACAUGCUGAAUGUAUCCUCUCUUCCCCUCUCUUAAAAUCGAUUUCGCAGUCCAACGCACCAGGCCAGUGUCUUAAAUGUCUUCUUUUUAAAAGGUUACAUAAAUAUUUAGUUUUUUGUGUGUUAAUUUCCUCUUUCUAAAUCGGAGCUGGGCAGAAGUGCGGGAGGCAAUGCCCGAGCUGGAGCUUGGCCCCAGCCAGAAAAAAAAAAACAAAACAAAACAAAACAAAACAAAAACCUUAACGGGAACCUUCGCAUCCCUCCAGCUUCUCAAACCUCACCUUCACUGGGCCCCGGCUCCCUCAGCAUCACACACGGCCCGUUGCAUCCGCAUCGAAGGAGCCCUUGGGACGGGGCGUCGCGAUCGUCUCGUGGAAGGGCUGCGGUCGCGGUGAAGCAUCGGGGCAGGCUCCAUCUUUUCUCACCAGGUCGUGCGCCCGCAGGCUUUUAGUCUGGUGAAGCUGCCGGCUGCGUUUCUACCUUCGCUCCUCCAUCUCGUCGCUGAAGGACCGAGGAGAACGCCGGCCGUUUGCCAGCCGGCUUGCCUAGACCCUCUCGCCUUCUUCCUGAGCUAGCGAGAGCGCGACUGCCCUCGGCUGGAAUCCACCCGAGGCGGUGUCGGGUUCGAGACUUGAGGCGAUGCGAAGCUAGGAUGAAUGUUUUAUUAAUUUAACACUCUCUCGCCAGCGGAGCACCAGGGCGGUGAAAGACUACGGUCGUUUUGGGUCUCAGCUGAACCAACGUGGCUUCAUCUGACUGUUUUAAAAAAACGAUGGAAGUUACUGAAGGACUCUUGACUUGCAUGUGUAAAAUGUGUGGGUAAAAUGACAUGCAGGCGUCUGUCAUGUUGUGGCUUCUGUUAUUUGGAACAGAGUAAAUCCUGCUUGUGAAAAAAUUGUCACAAACCAGAAAAAUGCCAACUGUGUACAAAUAACAUGUACAUUUUAACAGCAACGAGGACUUUAACUGCAGGACAAAGGCCGAGGUUAAAACAGAAUAAAACCAGGUUCUGACAGUGAA